UAUGGCUCCAGAAAUUGUUAUAAAAAAUAUUACAGUGCCAACCUGCUAAUAUUUGGGCUUCUGGAAUUGUCAUCUUUUAUUUAACUCAAAAAAAAAGGUUAAUUCUCAUUCAAAGGCUCAAAGGAUAAUGAAUUAUUUUAAUUGA